AUGCAUCACUGCGACUGCGAUUGGCAGGAGCUUCAUGACGACAUCAAGGACCAUUACAGCCUCGAGACGCUCGUACCACGUAAGCUAUAUUCAGCCGAAGAUAAGCUAGCAGUCAAAAUAUUAGAGACCACCUGCCAAGAGAAGUCAGGAAAAUACGAAGUCGGUUUUCCGUGGCGUGGUGGCAUCGACAAACUGCCAGAGAGCCGCGGUAACGCUCUGAAGCGCCUUACCUGCAUAAAGAAAAAGGUAUCUCAGGAACCUGAUAUGUACGAAAAGAUUGACGCCCAAGUCAGGAACCUUCUAGACAAAGGAUACGCAGUUAAGCUAUCCAACGAGGAAACCUGCCGUGGGAACAGCCGUACGUGGUAUCUGCCGAUAUUCAUAGCGCGAAAUCCAAAUAAGCCGAGUAAGCUAAGGCUGGUAUGGGAUGCAGCUGCGAAGUCACACGGAUGUGCACUGAAUGACUACUUACUUAAGGGACCAGAUUGCCUGAACCCACUCAUAGAGGUCUUACUAGCCUUUCGUGUCAACAAGAUUGCGAUUUGCGGAGACAUUGCGGAAAUGUUUCACAGGAUCAACAUCCGCGAGGAGGAUAUGCACGCGCAACGAUUCUUAUGGUAUGACAGAAGCAGCGAUAAAGUAGAAACCUAUGUUAUGCGGGCUAUGACGUUUGGAAUCAGUUGCGCACCAUUCAUCGCUCACUUCGUUCGAGAUAAAAAUGCAGAAGCCCAUCAAGAAGAUUUCCCAUUGGCCUUAAACGCCAUCCAAAAGGCGCACUACGUCGACGACUACAUCGAUAGCAUGAGAAACGAACAAGAGGCCAUCCAGACCACCAGACAAGUCAUAGAGGUUCAUCGAAGAGGCGGAUUCGAGAUCCGCAACUGGUCUUCUAAUUCAAAAGAAGUCCUUAAGAGCUUGCAAAGUAAUGGCAAUGUUGGUAGCCAAAAACCUGUGGAUUUUUGUUCGUCUGAAAAGAUACUUGGUAUGUCCUGGGGCCCACAUAAGGAUGUGUUUAAGUUUCUCUGCAGAUUUGCAAGGCUGAAACGCGACGUCCUGGCAGAAAACGUAGUCCCGACCAAGCGAGAAGUUCUGCAAGUCCUUAUGUCGAUCUUCGAUCCAUUAGGAUUCUUGUCGUGCCACACGAUUGGGCUGAAAAUACUUCUCCAGCGUAUAUGGCGGCUAAAUAUCGACUGGGAUCAGGAGCUGCCCGAGAAGAUUCUGGAAGACUGGCGCCUUUGGAAAACUCUUUUAGGGCAGAUCAGGAUUUUCGAGGUGCCUAGAUGCUUCUCCCCAGACACAUCAGAUCCACGUCAAACGGAGCUCCACACAUUCGUCGACGUCAGCGAGUAUGCGUAUUCUGCUGUCAGCUACGUCUCUUUGGUGAUAGCGAUGUCGAAGGUGGCACCUUUAAAACCACUCUCGAUUCCGCGUAUGGAGCUGCAGGCAGCAGUUAUGGGAGCACGCUUAGCCCACAAGGUGAUGAGCACGCGCAACCUGCGAAUCGACAACGCCACAUACUGGUCAGAUUCAAAGACAGUACUGCAGUGGCUAACUAUGGACCCCCGUAACUUUCAUCAGUUCGUGAUGCACAGAGUCGCCGAAAUCCUGGAAACAACGCAAGUCGAGCAAUGGCGGUGGGUACCCUCGAAGCUGAACGUAGCAGACGGAGCUACAAAGAUCACCGACCAAACCCAGCAGAAGACGUGGAUAAUGGGCCCUGGGUUCCUAAAAGCUGAAUCCAGCCAUUGGCCAACAUCGUCAAAGCAGGAGAGCAUCAUCGAUACUUCAGAAAUACGGAAGCAUGUGAUGACAACGUGUUCGAGAUCAGCGGUUAUGUUCAAUACGCACCAUUUCUUGAGCUGGCGGCGGUUGUAUAGAGCAGUGGCGAUAAUAUUCCUGUUCGUCGAUCGAUUACGAGCGAAAUGCGCCAAGCAAGACAUGCCAACAGCCACGACGAUGGACCAUGUGAGGAAAGCGAAAAUACUACUUUAUAAGCAAUCCCAAGCCAUCGCCUUCGCCGAAGAGUUGAAAGUGUUAUCCGUGGGAGCGACGCUGCACAAAGGAAACAGAUUGGUCGGAUUGAACGCAUAUGUAGACAACGAUGGAGUACUGCGGACUAGAGGCAGACUGAACUCAAUUGACAUAGCUAAAGACGCCAUUAUACUAGCUCCAGGAUGCCGGAUAACUAACCUAAUAGCGAGGAGCUUUCACGAGAAGUACCAUCAUCUUGCCCACGAGACUGCAAUAAACGACAUCAGGGCUUCGUUUUACAUCAGCCGCCUCUGA